UUUGGUUUCAUAACCGUGAUGUUGCUGACAGUGUGCGUGGUGCUUUCUGUCUCCAGGAGCAUGGUUGCUGGAAUGCUAAGGGUGAUUCAUGAGCCAGAAGUGACCAGCACUGUUGGAGAAAAUGUGACUCUGUCCUGCCAGCUAUCUACUGAGAAGGAGGUCCUCCAAGUCACCUGGCAGAAAGAAGGUCAAACAACAGAUAAUAUAGCUACAUACAGCUCCAAUCAUGGCCCCAGAUUACUUGGAUCCUACCAUGACCAUGUCCGAGUGACCCAAAGUGAUUUGUACUCCUCAGCCAUCACGCUUGACUUGGUCUCCUUUAAAGAUGAAGGAUGCUACAGAUGCAUUUUCAAUAUCUUCCCCAUAGGACCUGUGGUGGGCAGAAUGUGUUUGAGUGUUUAUGCUAUAUCAAAACCCAAGGUGGAGGCCCAGCUGCUGACCAUAGGAGAGGAGGAAAUGCUGGCAGUGAGUUGCCAGGUGACGGCAAAACCAGCUCCCGAGAUCACCUGGGACCUGCCGGAUGGCUUAGUGGUCAUGCCGCAACUGUCCUAUGUUUGGCAUCCUAACAAGACUGUAACUGUCAUCAGCAACUUCACCUACAUCCCUGCCCAAGUCUCCCAGCAGGGGCCAAUAAUAUGUUUGAUUCACCACCCGAUCCUCAAGACAAAGAUGCCAUUGGAGUAUCCAUUGCAUAGACCUUCUGAUGGACAUAAGAUCUUCUUCAUAGCCUUCUCUUUUGUGAUCGUCACUGUUUUUCUCCUGGGACUCUGUUAUUUCUGUUUACGGAAACAAAAAAUGGGUGCCUGUCAAGUGGGUGAAGCUCUGAUCUUGGCCACCACUUGGUUGAUUCCAAAGAUCUGCUGCGGGAGGUUCUCAAACAAACUUUCUGCCAAUAUCAUUGAACAUCAAAGGACAGAGGCCGUGUGAUACCCUUUUUUUUUUUUAACUUAUGCUGGAAGUAUUCUCCAACCUGUGCUGAGCUGCAUUACUGAAAAUGGCAAGGAAACAGGUGACUCAACCAUUUGGCUCCUUCAAAAUGAUUCCCAUGGUGUUGCUGAGCUUUCUGUGAUCCAGGGAUCUUUUGAUCUUGUUUCUUGUAUUGCUCCAUUUCAGUUCUUCAGUGGGUCUACAGUCUCAUGAGUUUUGGAAUUCCUUCCGGUGAUGUGAAGUGGAACAGAAUGUGAUCCCUCCAUAUGUACCUGUUUGAUGUCACUCUUGUCAAUGGUGUUCCAAAAAUUUGGCACAAGGAAUCGAUCUAAUGCUUGGAACCAUCUUUGAUUUUUCCACUUCUGAAGAUAUCAACAAAACAUUCUGCCUAUUUCUGACAUCAACAUGUGAUCUCAACAAGUGAUUUAUCCAUUUUUCUUUCUGGUAUAUUCUCCCAUGAUGACAUCCUUGGAUCUUAUACUUUUUCAGAAAACCUCACUGAUUAUAUGUCAUGGCUGCUUAUAGCUACCUCUUAUCUCACCAAUGUCCCAUAACCACUUUCUAAGUGUUUCAUAGGAUAUGGGGUUCCAGUUGCAUGGUCAUAUAACAUAAUUUCUAAUAUGCUUAGCACAAAAGAUCCUUUUCUUUUAGGAAAAACUGUAUAGAGUGAAAUCAUUUUUGAUGAAACAAGAAUGUGAAGAAUAUAUACAUGUGCCAUAUGUUUCAAAGAGUCAGAAUCUCUAGUCAUAUGCAAUGAUUUUUACUUUGUUGGCAUUGUUUAGUUAUUUAAAUCAUGUUAAAUCAUCUCUGGCACACCAUUUUGGGGUUUUCUUGACAAAGAUACUGGAAUGGCUUGUUUUUUUCUCUGGGAAACUGAGGUAAAUGGAGUUAAGUGACUUCCCCAUGGUCACACUCAUGAAGAUUAAUUUUCCUGAUUCUAAGCCCAGUUCUCUAUACAUUGCACUGCCUAGCUUUCCCUGUAAUAAGUUUGCUAGCCAGAAUCAAAAUAAAUGGGAAUUCCUGAUUUCAACCAGAUAAUUAAUAUUAUCUGAACAACGGUGAAUUAUAUCUAUUGGUUGUCUUCGUGACCAAACCAAUUUAUUUCUGUUUAUACAAUGUCAUCAACACUACCUCAUAAAUAAAAAUACUUAAGAAAUUCGGGGAUCUCUGAAGUGGGUUUAGGUAACCCCUUUGCUAAUGUGGAUUUUGAGUCCCCAUUUAAGUCUUUGCAAGUAACUGCACCUAACUAACACACCAUCCUAUAGGCAUUCUGGGGCUCAAUGAUCUUGGUUGGAUUGAUUUUCAGGAUGAAGACAGUCCGUCUCUUUGACUUUUCCUGUACUUGAAGAUAUACUAGAAUGUUAGGGUCAUUCAGGGCAUCCGCUGUACUAACUAUUCUUGGAGCAAUAGAAGUUACCACUAAGUUACUGUGAACAAAGAAUUCUCAUGAAGAGGGUCCGUAUUACUGCAUUGUAUUUAUCCAAUGUUAUUAUUUAAGAUGUCAUUUCUAUCUUUAAAAAAAAAUCCCUUUGUCUUUUCCCCCAAAUAUGCCCCUCCCUCUUUCCUUACCAUGAAUGACUUUUUGUAACAAACAUAAAAAUAAGUACAGUAAAAACAAUCAACAGAUCAACAGAGUCUGUAUGUGAACUGGAGAAAUGGAUUUAUUAUCAUGAUAGCACAGAGGUUGUUGGGUGAUGCUGUAAAAGUGGAAGCUGAAAUGCUGCAGUGGAAAGCAAGGGAGAUUCCUUGAUUUGCCUUUAAUAGGCUGUUUCAGAUGUGAGCAAACAUUUUAUAGGAUCUAAUCUGAAGCUAAAGGGGAAUGCGAUUUCAAGGUGGAAGGGAUAUUAAAUAAUAAAUAAAUAAAAGUUAAUCAUAAUAAACAUUCCAUUUCUCUCCAAUUUUACAGAUGAGAAAAAUGAGGUCCAGGGGAGUUAAACCUUAAUUCCUUUUAGGAAUAAUUAUAUCUGAAGGAAGAACAGUAAACUAUGUCCAAUUUCUGCUUCCAAUGGCCAUAUCAGGACUACACAGACACAUACACACACACACACGUGUAAAUGUAUAUGUAUAUUCCAUAUGUGAGUACAUACUAUUUAUAUCUACAUAUAUAAAUAUAUGUAUACAUUUAUAUUUGUGCAUAUGUAUGUAUAUAGUACAUGUAUAGCUGUAUAUACAUUUGUGUAAAUAUGCACAUGUAUGCACAGUGUAUUAUAUGUGUACUAUAUAUAUACACAUCUGUGUAUGUAAGUAUGUAUGAUUUGGUUUUAUAUCACCUGUAUUUUCUAGUAUAUCUUACCUGCUCCUCAUAAAGAACCAUUCAUUCAAAGGGAGAGUUAAAUAAAAUAAACAAAAAUAAUCAAACUCGAA